GAUCGCUAUGUAGCCAUCUGCAAACCCCUGCAUUACACAACCAUCAUGAGCACCAGAGUGUGUAUCCAGCUGGUUCUCUGCUCUUGGCUAGGUGGGUUCCUAAUUAUUUUAUACCCAAUCAUCCAGACCAGUCAACUGAAUUUCUGUGCCUCCAAUGUGCUGAAUCAUUAUAUUUGUGACUAUGGACCCCUCAUAGAAGUAUCUUGCUCAGACACAAGACUCCUGGAACUAAUUGACUUCAUCUUAGCAGUUGUGACCUUGGCUGUUACCCUAGUGCUGGUGAUUCUCUCCUACACAAAUAUCAUCAGGACCAUUCUGAAGAUUCCCUCUGCCCAGCAAAGGAAAAAGGCCUUUUCCACAUGUUCCUCCCACAUGAUUGUCAUCUCUCUUUCUUAUGGCAGCUGCAUCUUCAUGUACCUAAAACCUUCAGCAAAAGAAGGCAUUGCCUUCAAUAAGGGAGUAGCUGUGCUCAAUACAUCAGUGGUCCCUUUAUUGAACCCCUUCAUUUACACUCUAAGGAAUAAACAAGUAAAACAAGCCUUCAGGGAUGUGGCCAGAAAGAUUAUGAGUGAGUCAUAA